AUGGCCCUGCCGGAUGCAACGGCAGACUGGGCGCCCGGUCAUGCGGUGUCCACUACACCACUUGCAUCCGUCUCAGCGACACUUGACGAAGCUCCGGAAGCGAUGGAUCCCGGCUGCACGUGGCCACCGAAAACGACUCAUCUGCAGCGCUCACAGGCAGUGGCAGCCAAGAAAAGCAGUAACACCGCCAGAGUCCGACCGAUGCACGAGCCGCAGACAGGAGACGCACCUCACCUCGUGUUGCAACGACUGCGAGCAAUGCCUACUGCAUGCGGGUCAGCCAUGUACAGCCCUCAUCGUCGAUGCUCCGCUGCGUCAGCGUCCAUAGUCGCCAUGGUCCACAGUCCGAGGGCCUUCGCCAACGACAACAACAAUUCUGUCGCGAAGCGAGACACCUCUGCCCAAACUGCGCCCGUCCGUUGGUUCUCUCCGAUGUUCCCGACCACUGAAUUCGGUCGUAGCAGUCGAUGCAGCAGUCCGAUUCCAGUCGGGCCUACUGGCCAUGUACCCGAUCACCCGAUUCCAUCGGACGAAGAGGAGGACGAGAGUGAAGACGAAGUCUGUACGCUGCGUCAGCAGGUAGCGUUGCUCACCAAGAGCCUCGAAGACGAGAAAAAGCGACGCGCGUCUGAGCAGCAUCUUAUGCAGACGAAAAUCAUUGAGCUCCAAAGCUUGAUCCGUGCAAACGAGCACGAGGAUAGCCGGGAGACUGAGUCUGCGGAUGCAGGCAAGAAGACAACGUCUCCAGUGCAAGAAGGCUUGAUUGCAACACGGGAGAAUCAGCUUCUGGAGAGCGGUCAAACCAAGCGACGGUCACCUCCAGCUGAGUCGUCGUCGUCUUGCAGUUGCCAGCACAAGUCGAAUGAUAAGACUGUGGAAGCAGCUGCAACGCUGCAGUUUACGCGGAUCCGUGCUAAAAUGCAUGCCAUCGUCAUUGACAGUCAGCGCGAGACCCAAACACUUCAAGCCCGAUUGGAAGGCGUGAAGCGAACGCAGAACGAACGGGAGAAACGACUCACGCUCGAGACCACAAUCAAAGUCACAAUACUCGAACAGAAGCACGCCGCAGCUUCGACAAGGCUCGAGCAGCAAGCUGUAAACAGUGAAGCGCAAGCGAAAAAGCUGCAGGCUGAAAAAACGGAGCUUCUGGCCUAUGUGCAGGCGCAACGGCAGCGUCUGAAGCAGCUGGAACUCGCUCUUGGUUGCAAGCAGCUUAUGGAUGACCUUCGAUGA